GCCAUCCACAGGGUCCACGGAGCAGAUCCCCAUGUCGACCAUACAGCUGUCACUAACGCAGCUACACGCCACGAUAAACAAUUUGUCCAGUUCCAUCUGUGACAUGAACACCAGGCUCCAGGCAGUCGAAAGCAGGGACGCUUCACCUGCCGCACCCUCCAGUCCCGCCCCUGGUCCUUCCACUUCCCAGCCAUCUUCCUCAGGUCAUGCCUCAAGCCGACAGAAUCGGGAUUCCACCCCCGGACUUCGGCUCUCUGAUCCUGGACUAGACAGGCACCUAGUCAUGGCUCAUACUCUCAUCCGCAAGUCCCUGUCCGAAAACUCCACAAGGAACUACCAGUCGGGUUGGAAAGCUUUCGAGGUAUUUCGUCACCUUCACCCCAGGGGCAACGUAAGCGAAACCGCUUUCAUCAUGGCUUUCCUGGCAUACUGCCACAAGGACCUACACCUCUCCUUCAGCACCAUCAGAUCGUAUCUGUCAGGAGUCCAGCAUCACCUCAUGAUCCGUCAGCCAGACAGCAACCCUAUCUUUUCUUCCCACGCCAUCAAAGCCACACUGCGGGGUAUUCAAAAAUGCUCUCACAAAUCCGGACCCGCCAGGCAACCCGUCUCAGGGGACCUGUUCAGGAAACUCUCAUCCUCCCUAGACGGCAGUCCUUUUGGCCCUUUCAGAAGCUGCAUUCUCAAAGCCGCCCUCUACCUAAGCUUCUACGGCUUUCUCCGGCCCGGGGAAUUCACCGGCACCUCUCCUCACAACUCAGGCCCGGCGCUAAACCAACUCACCCGUAGUCGCGAGCGUUUCACCUUCACCUUGCCAGUCUCCAAAACCUCACAAAUCGGGCCCCCAGUGCACAUAGAAUACUUCCCGACUUCCAACUCCUGGUGUCCCGUGGCCGUCCUCAACGGGUUACUCACCACACUGGGCAAUCGGGCUCCCGCCAGCCCUCUUCUUCCUUUCCCGUCACGACCUCUCACGUCCUCGCAGUUUGUCAAACACAUUCGCAGCCUCGCGUCCGGGUUUGGGUUCAACCCCUAG